AUGCCGCCGCUGCGGGGGGCCAAGCGCCGGCGGAAGGCGGCGUUGGAGAAGAAGGCGGCCGCGGCCGCAAUGGCGGCUGCCGCCUCGGGCGAGCCACCUGGCGACUGGUGGGACGCCUUCUGCAUGCGGAUGUCAGGAACCUUAUCUUCUAUCGAGGAUGCACACAGAUUCGAGUCUGUAUUCAAAAUGCCAAGAAGAGCUUUCGACUAUGUCUGCAACUUGGUGAAAGAUGAAAUGAUGGUGAGGUCCAGCAGCUAUACCUUUCUUGAUGGCACAAUGCUGUGUUUGGAAGAUCGAGUGGCCAUUGCUCUACGGAGGCUGAACUCUGGUGGGUCACUGGUGACCGUAGGAUCCUCUGUUGGAGUGAACCACUCAACCGUGUCGCUGAUAACUUGGAGAUUCAUUGAGGCCAUGGAGGAGCGAGCAAGCCACCACUUGCGCUGGCCAGACUCCAGCGAAAUGGAGAAGAUCAAGUCCAAGUUUGAGAAGAUCCAUGGUCUGCCAAACUGCUGCGGCGUUGUGGAUACAACACACAUCACAAUGUGCCUUUCAUCAGCUGAGCCAAACUGCAAGGUCUGGCUCGAUCAGGAGAAGAAUUACAGCAUGGUAUUGCAAGCUGUUGUUGAUUUGGAUACAAGGUUUACAGACAUCGUGACUGGGUGGCCUGGAAGCAUGAAAGAGUCCAGCAUUUUGCACAGCUCUGGCCUUUUCAAGCUCUGCGAGAAAGGUGAGCGGCUGAAUGGCAGCAAGCUGAAGGUAUCAGAUGGAUCAGAGAUCGAGGAAUACUUGAUUGGCGACUCGGGCUACCCCCCUUCUUCCCUGGCUGCUCACACCUUACCAAGAGAAGGACCUCACAGAGUCCAGUGCUGA